AAGCCGGCUGCAGCCAGGGCAGCCACUGGGUCCGCUGGGACCGCCAGGUGCACCGCUGCAGAUCCCGGAACCCAGUCCCCGCCGCGAUGCUCUCCCCUGUCCUCCUGCUCCUGCUCUGGCUGCCCACCAGCCUGGCUCACCACAGCCCCCCACUCCGGGCGGGGCCCCGCACCCACACGGCCGGGACCCCGCGCUGCUACUCGGCGGAGGAGCUGCCCCUGGGCCACGCCCCUCCCCACCUGCUGGCGCGAGCGGCCAGGUGGGAGCAGGCGUUGCCGGUGGCGCUGGUGUCCAGCCUGGAGGCGGCGGGCCGCAGGAGCCGGCACGCGGGGCCCCCGGCCGGGAACCAGUGCCCUGUGCUGCAGCCUGAGGAGGUGCUGGAAGCUGACGUCCACCAGCGCUCCAUCUCGCCCUGGAGAUACCGCGUGGACACGGACGAGAGCCGCUACCCCCAGAAGCUGGCCUUCGCCGAGUGCCUGUGCAGGGGCUGCAUCAGCGCCAAGACGGGCCGCGAGACGGCUGCGCUCAACUCGGUGCCGUUGGCCCAGAGCCUCCUGGUGCUGCGCCGUCGGCCCUGCUCCCGGGACGCGGCGGGGGCGCCCACGCCCGGGGCCUUUGCCUUCCACACCGAGUUCAUCCGAGUGCCCGUGGGCUGCACCUGUGUCCUGCCCAGGUCGGCCCGGUGAUCACCGGCUCGGCUCCUGGACUGGCCUCAGGGACGCCCCUCCUAUUUAUGUGUAUUUAUCAGUUAUUUAUGUGCCCCCCUGGGGCCCUGGGCAGGUACCGAGGCUCCAGGCCUCUGCUUUGAGACCUGGCCUGGGAAGGACCCAGUCCCCGGUGCCUGGGGGAUGACCCUGUGCUGGGCAGCCCCCAGCUCGAGAUGCAGUUUAUCCUUUGACAAAAACAGCUGGGCUGGAAGGAACACUCUCACUCUUCCAGAACUUGCUGAAACAGCUGCAGAAAAGGGAAAAGGUGUUCUGACGGCCACCUCCACUUCCUGGCCCCUGGGCUCCCCUCACCCCAGCCCCCUGGGAGGAACAAGCACCCCUGUGUUUCUAAAACAGCUAUUUAUUUACACGUGAAUACGCGUUGUCUCCCUGGUAAACAGUAUCUCAGAGCACAGCACUGGCUGGCAGAGGGCAGUGGGUGAAGCCACUCUCUCACCCUCUCCCCUGCCUGGUCGUCAACACCCAGCUGGUCCCCCAGGGGCAGCCACUGGCCCAGAUCGUCGUGCGUCCUUCUAGGAAGGUCUGUGCACGGACCCAGGUGCACCCAGGGCGGGGUUAUGUUUUCACGGAGUGGAGCCCAGGUGUGCCCCGCUGGCCAUGCAGUAGCUCCCGGGUCUGGCGAUGGGACUCGUUCCCAAAGCCCAGCCCCCUACCCACAGACGUGGGUGUGGCCCCUGGGGACUACCUCCCUACCCCAUGGACAGGUGUCCUGGGGUGACUUCCCCGGGGGUUCGCUCAGGGGGACAUGUCUUUGGAGCCUGGCUGAGUCAUGCUCUCCCAACCCCAGCAGAGGCCCAGGCAGCUCUGGACACCCCCUUGGGCUUCUGUCCACCACGGGUGACCUGCCAGACGAGGGGCAGCCAAGCUAACGGGCACCUCCCAGCUCAGGCACCCAGCCAGCCACCUGAGAACCACCUGACCUAUCACGACAGAAGGUCCUGGAUCAGAGCAGUGAACAAAACGGAUAGCUCCCCACCUGCCCCCUGGGUGACCGACAACCACGGCGCAGCAGCGAAGCCCUGGACCGGCUGGUGGUGAAAGGAUCAGGAAAGGGAGAGGGGCUGCAAUGGAGGCCACCUGAGAACCACCUGAGUGGCCAUCCAGGGCCCGCUGCUCCAGGCAGAGGGGAUGGCCUGUGCAGAGGCUGAGAAGGUGGCCUGCCUGUGCCCGGGGGUCAGUGUGGCUGGAGCCCAGUGGGCGGGGUGACAAGGGCCAGAGCAGAUGGGGGCGGGGGCCGGAGACAGUGUCCGUCCUGGGCUAUGGGAGCCUGUGGGCUCCGAGCCGGGCACCGGGCGGGACAGGGCAGCGCUGGGAGUGGCCUGGGAGUGGGGGCGGAGGAACGGUGGGCCGACUGGAUUUAUGCUGAAGACGAAGAGUGCUGGCUGACAGGCAGGGUGCCCUCCAGGCCAGAGGUCCCUAGAGACCCCCAGCUCUGAAAGUGUGAGAGGAGGAGGUGAGUGAUGUAAGGGCUUUUCCAGACUUCGGGGGAGUGGGUGCCGGGGAAGGAAGGGGCUUCCGAGGCUGGGGUGUGAGCCGAAGCCAGGCAAAGCUUUGGGGGCCACAGGGGCUCCUGGCCCCGCCAUGGCUAGUGUGGUGUGUGUGCGGCAUGUGCGAGGGGGGCAUGUAUGGUGUGUGGGUGUGUAUGUGUUACCGAACCCACUUUGGGUUCACUCACCCACUGAUUACUCCCCCACCCUCCCUCCCUCACUCACUCUGUCUUUAAAAACCUUUCCCUGAAAGCCACCAGGGAGUUGGGGGGGUCUUUUGAGCACGAGCUGCCUGGACUCCUUGCUCGGUGCCUGCAAUAAACCCUGCACCUGCCUUCACCACAACGCGUGUCAGCAGACUGGCUUCGCUGUGUGUGGGUGAGCGGACCCAAGUUUGGUUUGGUAACAAUUUUGGCGACCUGGCUGGAGCGGAAGUCCCGAGUGGGCACC